CUUAGUUCUUAUCCUUGGUUCCACAUUUUCCUUUUCACCCUUUCUCCCCCUUCUACCUGGCGAAGUAGAUAGUAACACUGUAACAAUAGUCUCCUCCUUCCUGUUCCUGGGCUCCAGAGAGCUAGCUGUACAAGUAUUAAGAGUACUGCUGCAUUCAGUAGUUCUUCUUCAACAGCAUUUAAUACUUGCAGUUUUGAAACCCCCAACCUCCUCCCCACCUGGCGGGGAAUCCACACCACAAUCUAAGGAAUAUUUGUGCAUUUAUAUCUCCAAGUAGCGGGAGUGCUUGUGAGCUGAAAUGGGGUCUUCAGAGCUUCUCCUAAUGGGGUUGCAUUUAUUGCUGCACCUCUUCUUCUGUUAGCAUCACAAUGGGAAUGUUUGCUUGCUGCAUAGUCCUUGAAAUUUAAGGCUUUGCUGGUUGGGUGGGUGGAUAGCUGCUGCUGCAAAAAAGAAAAACCAAAUAAAAGAAGAGGAAAUGGAGAGGCUCCUCCAUCUCCACCAAGGCCCCAUCAGUCAUAAUGAUAAUCCUCCAUGUUUUGCAGGCGACCCGUAUCUCGAGUGCUUAGAGCAGCAGAUUGCAACCACUGCAGCAAGUUUCAGAUUCCAAGAGCGGGGGGAAGAGCGAGAAGCAGUUCUAGUUCAAACCGCCGAGGAAGAGGAAGAAGAAAGACAGUUGUACCCAGCAAGCUCCCCCAGCUUAGACGACGACACAAUGCCGUUCCUUCAAAUGCUUCAAACCGUCGAUAACUAUGGAACUACUUCGCCGGGGCGGCCACCAUUCCCUUUCUUCAGCUUCCGAGAACCCAAUUUCCAAACGCUCCUCAAACUCCAGCACCUCAAGAAGCUGCCAUGGGAUGUCAACAACAAUUUCUCCUCUUCCUCUUUUGGCUGUUUCGAUUCCGCUGAAAUCGACCAACAACAACCCCAAUUAGUUCCCCAAUCUCAAAUGAUAGAGCUAGAGAGCUGCAAUGUCACUCACGACUACCCCAGCUUCGUCGACUCUCCCGUCAAAUCCGAAACCCGAGAACUUCCGCACCAUCACUCCAGCUCCUGCCCAGAAGGAGUAAGCCCCGCCGGCGGCGAGCGAGCAGCCGGGCAAGACCGAACCGUCGACCCACCAAAUCCCAGCUCCGCUCCUCUUCUUCCCUGGAGUGCUACCAACACCGAAGAAGCCACCAGAAACUCCGCGAAACCGGCCGCCGAUGGUUCCUCGACGGCGACGAAGAAGGAGAGAAGGAAGAGGAAGAGAACGAGAGCGGCGAAGAACAAGGAGGAAGUGGAGAGCCAACGGAUGACCCACAUUACGGUGGAGCGCAACCGGCGGCGUCAGAUGAACGAGCACCUCAACUCCCUCCGCUCCCUCAUGCCGCCCUCCUACGUCCAAAGGGUAGUUUUCUCAAUCCCUAGUUUCGAAUGCUCUCAUCUCUCCCCGAUUAUGCAACGCAAUUGCACUGACGAGAUUUUGGGGAUUUUUUUUUCCAAAAAGGGGGAUCAAGCGUCAAUCAUCGGAGGCGCAAUCGAUUUCGUGAAGGAGCUGGAGCAGCUGCUGCAGUGCCUGGAAGCGCAGAAGAGGAUUCGACGAGACGCCGCCGCCGCCGCCGUGUGCGAGGAGGAGUUCGCGGCAGCGCCGUCAUCGGAGGCGGCGGAGAUAGAGGUGACGGCGAUACAGAACCACGUGAACUUGAAGGUGAAGUGCGAGAGGAGAGGGAGAGGAGGAACGAGAGGGCGGCAGCUGGUGAGAGCCAUCGUCGCGCUGGAGGAGCUCUGCCUCACCGUCUUGCACCUCAACAUCUCUUCCUCCGCUUCCACCGCCUUCUACUCCUUCAAUCUCAAGAUAGAGGAAGAAUGCAAGCUGGGAUCAGCAGAUGAGGUGGCAGCAGCUGUGCAUCAGAUCUUCAGCAGCAUCAUCAACGGCUAGCUACCUAUAUUGGCUGAUCAGUUUUUAAUAUUUUUAGGGCAAGUCUGUAGCUGAAUCUGUUGGUGCGUAGGAUUGAGACUUGAGAGUAGAGUGUUGUUGGUUGAGUGUGGGGGAGGAGAAAAGAAAGAAAAAGGGGCACGAAUUCUGAUGGGGGGCUUUUAUUGGUUUUUGUUUUGUGAUGGGAUCAUGUUAACCCUACGUGUGCAUAUUCAUUCCUUGGUUCUUGUUUUUACCUUUUUUUUUCAAUGGAUUAACGCUUGACCGAGUAGAGGCGAAACUAAAA